AUGUCGUGCAGCUGCCAGGCGGCUUCCAGGGAGUUUCGACAGGCUUUCUUGUUCAGCGGUGUAUUUGGGUUCCUCUUUCUGCAGGCAUUCAGCAUGGGAUGCUCGGGUGCUCCGAUGACGAUGCAGUCCAAAAGGAGCGCCCUGAACCACAGCUCUCCUUACCUUGCCAGUCCCUUACCCCCUUUAAGCCAUUCCUUCAAGUGGCCCAGCCCCGGAGGUCAAGAGGAGCUUUCUUCGACAAAAUUAGCCGUCUCUAUGCGCGAAAUGUGUUCUCACAGGGUCUCCUGCACAAAUCUGCACAACCACAUCCCGAAGCCUGUACCUUUUUGCGUUGCGCUGUCAAACUCAAGAGUGUGCGUCUGUAGAAGUCAUGCUCCAAGGGACGUAGGCACUCUUCAGUCAAUGGCUCUCUUCAGUCAUGCCACGAGCAGCAUGGGCACAGGUCCCAAAACAUCUGAUUGCCUGUGGUGGUGGAAACAGGCACCAAUUGGCUUGCGGCCUCAACAAGAGGAGCACUUCCUUGAAUGCUCACUGAAGGAGCGAACCCAUCUUGCUGGGGAGCUCUCUGCUGUGUCUGGGAUUUUUCCACCCUGGGUAUACUGCUACCAUGGUGUCAGACUCCUGCUGUACGCUGGCUCCUGCAGCUUGCAUGCGUUUUACGCCGUAGCGUGCUGCGGCUCAACGGCACGAGGCCUGUUGUCGGCCUUUGCACGAGCGACGUUAUGGACUGCACUGCUGGAGAUCUGUGGCUUCUGCAACAUGACUGGGCCCCUCGGCAGAGGUCAGGGGUGCCUGGAGCCUCUCUGGCAUCGGCUGACAGCUGGUACAUUGAAGCAGCCGCUGCUGCCAUACCUGCCACGCAAACGUGGGCUGGCUGACCAGCUGCUGUUCGUGCUCUACCUUGGCAGCGCCAGCUGUUUCUUGGCUUCCUCACGCGCAUUGGACGAGAGUCUUGUCGAGCUGCGCUUGACCUUGCUGCUGCUGAUGCUGCUUUGCCUGGUCGACAGGACAGCCUACACCGGGUCCUGUGGUGCGUACUAUUUCCCCUUGCUGUUUUGUCUCGCUGCUGGCGGAGAAGCCUCAGGGGCUGCUGGUUGCCAGCUCGUCCAGCUCGCCCACCUGUUCAUGCCGGGUGUGGCCAAGAUGGGACCAUGGUUUCCGCACGUCCUGCCAAGCAUGGUUGGCAUUUGCCCCUUUCUGCCUCAUUUCCUAAAGGAGAACAUGUUCAAGCGUGACAGUGGAGGACAGUUGCAGUUGUUGCGGCCCUCUCUUGUUGCUGACAUUGCUUCUGCGUGCGUCGUCUUCUUGGAGAUUGUUUGCCCAGUACUGCUUGUGUGUCCCUGGGAGAGGCUGCAGGUAACGGGUGUGGUGCUGGCUGUGUUCGUACAUCUCAGCAUUGUCUUCCUGAUGCCGCCGGGCGCUGUUGGCGAGUGGAAUCUCUUCAAUGCAGCUAGCACUGUAUAUCUCUUUGGCAUGGUAGGCAGCAUGCAGCCCAGUACGUUUGCGUCCCCUUUUGUGAUUGUCGUCGUGCUGACGGUAUUUGGCGGCCCUCUCCUAGCGAACUUGAGGCCGGAUGCAGUCGGCAACCAUUUCGCAUUGCGGAAGUACACUGGUAACCACCCGUACCACGCAUUCUUAAUUCGCCGAUCGGCAGUGCACAAGAUGCACAGCUUCAAGACGUUUGCGCCACUCGUUGCAGGUCCGCCAUCCGCGCAUGCGGAGCUGCUGACCCGUGCUGCUCUUCACUCGUUAAUUCGCGGCAGACUGAACCUCAGACGAGCCCUCGACAUUCUGGUCGCGGCGCUUCCUUCCGACAGCUCAGACAACGGCCGACUUGAUGGUGUCGUGUGGUUUGACCUCGGCUUCCUUUUGUCGCAGACAUUGCUGGACGUUUCCUUCUUGGAUGAGGGCCUCUUGACCGAACUGCGCCAGACGGGCUUCGGUCCCCGUGAGCUGUAUUCCUUCCGAAUCUCCUCCUUCCCAACCUUCAUGGCAUGGCCGCACCGGGCACCAUGGGAGCUUUUGGAUGUUGGCGCGGGCCUAAAGGUGGCCUCUGGCCACGUAAGUGCAGAUGAGACAUUUGCCUUCGACACCGGCGCCAGCAUGCCCCUGCUGUCAGAGCUGCAGCAGGACGCACUGCAGCCUGCCGCCAAGUCAUCAGUCCAUGCUUAG